AAAUGUCGAAAUGAGGAAGCCAAUUGCAUGAUUGCAUAAUAGCAGAUUACGUGGAAUUUGGUUCUCAAGUCUAAAUCAUAAGCAGUAUAUAGGCGACCAAAGGCUUAGUCAUCAAGACAUCAACAAUGGGAGCUAGUUUCCUCCUACUUUUUCUAUUGUUUUUCUUCUCUACUAUACACAAGAUUUCUACUACAACAGAUAACUACAAAUCACUCCAUUGUAGAUGGUGAAACUGUUGUUUCAUCUGGUGGAACCUUUGAAAUGGGAUUUUUCAGCCCCAGUGGUUCCUCAAAGCGAUACAUCGGGAUAUGGUACAAGCAAAUUCUUCCUCAUAUGCAGACAGUUGUAUGGGUUGCCAAUAGAGAAAAACCACUCACCAAUACAUCUUCAGUUGUUUUGAAGGUCACCAAGCCGGGAAUACUUGCUCUUCUCAAUGACAGGAAUGAAACUAUAUGGUCCACUAACACCUCACAAUCAGUCCAAAAUCCAGUAGCACAGCUUUUAGGUUCCGGUAAUCUUGUUGUAAGAGAUGCAAAUGAUGGAAUCCCGGAUCAUUUCCUUUGGCAGAGCUUCAGUUUUCCAACUGAUACGCACUUACCUGAUAUGAAGCUUGGAAAGAAUUUUCUAUCUGGGCAUGAAGCUUACCUUUCAGCAUGGCAGAACGAUAACGAUCCAACUCCAGGGGAAUUCACUCUUCACGUUGAUCCUACUGGAUAUCCACAGGUCCUCCUCAAACGUGGCACGAAUGUAUCAGCUCGCUCAGGCCCGUGGAAUGGUUUAUAUUGGAGUUGGGCACCUAUAUACAUACAAAAACCAAGCAACUCUAGUACAAUUAAAGUUGUUUUUAAUAAGGAGGUGAUUUACUAUAGUUUUUUCCUCACUAACAACUGGUUAACAAGAAUAGUCCUAACUAGCAAUGGUGAUAUACAAAGCUUAACAUGGGUGGAUCGGACCAAGAGUUGGCAUAUUUACCUCAAGUUACCUUCGGAUACUUGUGAUACAUAUAGCUUAUGUGGUGCCUAUGGGAGCUGUGACAUAGAUAAUUCCCCUGUUUGUGGAUGUUUGGAAAAGUUCGUAGCUAAAUAUCCACAACAAUGGGAAAAUGGAGAUUGGUCAGAAGGGUGUGUUCGGAGGACACCUCUUGAUUGCAACAAGGAACAUGUAUUUCUAAGAUAUUCAGGAAUCAAGUUGCCGGAUACUAAGUACUCUCAGUAUGAUAAGACCAUGACACUCGAAGGUUGUAGGCAAGUAUGCUUGAAGAACUGCUCUUGCACAGCUUAUUCGAGUUUAGAUAUAAGCAACGGAGACAAAGGUUGCUUGUUUUGGUUUGGGGAGUUGACUGACAUCAGAAAGCUGUCUGGAAGAGGGCAAGACAUUUAUAUCAGGAUGGAUUCUUCAGAGCAAGUUUCUGUCGCAGGUUCAAAUAGAAAGAAAGCAGAGAUACUCGCAGUGAGUUUCUCUUUGUUGAUGGCAAUGAUUCUACUAUGCCUGAUUUUGCUGUACAAAUGGAAAAAGAAGAAGAAACUGAAUCUCAAAGAAGAUUUUGAGCUGCCACUGUUCCAAUUGUCGAAAAUAACAAGAGCCACAAAUAACUUUUCAAUCAACGACAAGAUUGGAGAGGGUGGAUUUGGACCAGUUUACAAG